CAGGUUCGAGAUGCCGCGUCUUUAAAUCUCAAGCAACUGCACAUUGAUUCCACAUUAUUGUAAUCCUGUAACAGCCAAUCAAAAUGUGGUUUGAGGUUGGGCAUAACUUACCAUAAUGUAUUCGUCCGCAGUGUGUCGUUAAUAUAGAGACAAUUACAAGUGUACGGGAUAUGUAUGCGGUUCGUGAAAAGUAACUUCAUGUGGUUAUAAUUAUCACCACUUUGUGUGAUUAUGCGUUUACCACUUCUAAUGGUAUAAUAAUUGACGCCUAUAAUAUACAGUAUCCCACCAUGCCAGAAACGGAGUUAUACGACAACUACCUAGUGAGCGUAGCUCCCCCUCAACCCAGCGCGGAGGAUGAAGGCGGGGUGGUGUACACGCCUCCUCCACUAGUCAACGGGACCUCCUGGCGGAUCCCAGCUCAUAAAACCCUGGUGGUGUCACUACGGCAACAGAAUCACAUCAAGCCCAUGGUCUGUGCUGCCUUCUUAUGUAUCUUGGCCGUCAUUGCCAUAGUUCUGAUUUUCAAUGCUUUAUUUUCACAGCCGAGCAAAAGCCUGAAUUCAAGUAUUCAGUUUCCGGAGUCUAACAUCCCGGUCACCCUGGAGGGCAUAUUACCAGCCCAGUGCGGCACCAGGCCAGCAUAUCAGGCCACCAAGAGAAGGAAGCGGAUCGUGAAUGGUGAUCUAUCCUCUGAGGGCCAAUGGCCCUGGCAGGUGGCGCUGGAGUAUAAAGGGAGGUACAGGUGUGGUGGAGUGGUGAUUGCUAGUGACUGGGUCGUGACUGCUGCACAUUGCAUGUACAGGGAACAAGGUUGGCAGCGACUCAAUGCCAGUGACUUCACCAUCCAUGCAGGCAGCACUGUCAGAAACCAGACGGUAAAAACCAACAUGAACGUUCAGAUCAUGACAGUAGAGACGUUUUACAUCCACCCGCGAUACCUAGCCGAGAGACGGAUUCAUAACUAUGACAUUGCCAUGUUGAGGUUGGCCCAGUCGCUGGACUGGGAUAGUGGGUUUGUGAUGCCGGCUUGCCUUCCACAGAGCGGU